AUGACCUCCUCAUACUGUCCUCCUCAUACUGUCCUCCUCAUACUGUCCUCAUACUGUCCUCCUCAUACUGUCCUCCUCAUACUCUCCUUCUCAUACUGUCCUCCUCAUACUGUCCUCCUCAUACUGUCCUCAUACUGUCCUCCUCAUACUGUCCUCCUCAUACUGUCCUCCUCAUACUCUCCUUCUCAUACGGUCCUCCUCAUACUGUCCUCCUCAUACUGUCCUCCUCAUACUGUCCUCCUCAUACUGUCCUCCUCAUACUCUCCUUCUCAUACGGUCCUCCUCAUACUGUCCUCCUCAUACUGUCCUCCUCAUACUGUCCUCCUCAUACUGUCCUUCUCAUACUGUCCUCCUCAUACUGUCCUCAUACUGUCCUCCUCAUACGGUCCUCCUCAUACUGUCCUCAUACUGUCCUCCUCAUACGGUCCUCCUCAUACUGUCCUCAUACUGUCCUCAUACUGUCCUCCUCAUACUGUCCUCCUCAUACUGUCCUCAUACUGUCCUCAUACUGUCCUCAUACUGUCCUCUUCAUACUGUCCUCAUACUGUCCUCCUCAUACUGUCCUCAUACGGUCCUCAUACUGUCCUCCUCAUACGGUCCUCCUCAUACUGUCCUCCUCACGGUCCUCCUCAUACGGUCCUCCUCAUACGGUCCUCAUACUGUCCUCCUCAUACUGUCCUCAUACUGUCCUCCUCAUACUGUCCUCAUACUGUCCUCCUCAUACUGUCCUCAUACUGUCCUCCUCAUACUGUCCUCAUACUGUCCUCCUCAUACUGUCCUCCUCAUACUGUCCUCCUCAUACUGUCCUUCUCAUACUGUCCUCCUCAUACUCUCCUUCUCAUACUGUCCUUCUCAUACUGUCCUCCUCAUACUGUCCUCCUCAUACUGUCCUUCUCAUACUGUCCUUCUCAUACUGUCCUCAUACUGUCCUCCUCAUACUGUCCUCCUCAUACGGUCCUCCUCAUACUGUCCUCAUACUGUCCUCCUCAUACGGUCCUCCUCAUACUGUCCUCAUACUGUCCUCCUCAUACUGUCCUCCUCAUACUGUCCUUCUCAUACUGUCCUCCUCACACUGUCCUCCUCAUACUGUCCUUCUCAUACUGUCCUCCUCAUACUGUCCUUCUCAUACUGUCCUUCUCACACUGUCCUUCUCAUACUGUCCUCCUCAUACUGUCCUCCUCAUACUGUCCUCAUACUGUCCUCCUCAUACUGUCCUCCUCAUACUGUCCUCAUACUGUCCUCCUCAUACUGUCCUCCUCAUACGGUCCUCCUCAUACUGUCCUCAUACGGUCCUCAUACUGUCCUCCUCAUACGGUCCUCCUCAUACUGUCCUCCUCACGGUCCUCCUCAUACUGUCCUCAUACUCCGUUCAUGGGCGAUAACUACUGUGACGCGGUGAACAACAGAGCCUUCUGCAACUACGACGGCGGAGACUGCUGCCAGUCCACGGUGAAGACCAAGAAGGUCAGGGUCUCUCGCUAG